ACUCUGUCCCCUGUUUGCGAAGCUAAAAACGAAAUGCAGGGCAGCACAAAACUCGCUUCCCUUAAACCCUCUUUAAUCCUUCCCCAAAAUAACUUCAUCGGCGCCGUCUUUUUCUCACCGCUCCGUCACUCUAUCAUCUCCUUCUCCGUCACCUCCACAGUAGCAACACCUCCAUGGCCACCUUAGAGGGUGCAACAGUGUCAGUUGAAUCGGUAGCGUUUAGUCUCUUAACAUAUGAAGAGGAUCAUGAGCAUAGUUUUGUAAAGAUUACGAGUGCAAGAUUGCUUGAUACUUUAGACAAACCUGUGCCUGGUGGGUUAAAUGAUCCAGCAACGGGGCCACUAGGGGACGAGCCUUGCAAAACAUGCAGCUUACGUGGGGAAAUUUCUUCUAACAGAUUGGCCUCUUUGAUGGACGAAGAUGGUAGUAAUUCACUUUGCGAUGCAGGAGUGGAGGUUCUCUUGGGCUUAGUGCGGGGUUAGGAGCAGAAACUAGAUUGUUCGGAGCAAAUCAUAGCAGAUCUAGCUUUGCUAAUGGGUAUCGCAAUGGAAAAGAAGAAACUAAAAGCUAAGGGAAAGAAGGGUAGAUCAAAAUGAGUUAAAAAGGACUUUGAUAGAGCAAUCCGUGGCAGCCAAGGGAUUGCACUUUGAAAUCCAUCUUAAAUUCACCAAUGAACCUCAUAUUUUGCUGGCUGAGAUUGCUCAGAAGACAGCCAAGCGGGUCUGUAUCCAGAAUCCUGGGAAGUUUCAACUGUGUAAAGUGACUGACUGCAAGGAAAAUCAAGUGAUUUACUAUGGGAAAGACCCCAAGAGAAGAUUUGAUAUAGAACCUGGAGAAAAACAAAAAAUUCCAGCAUUGCACACGACUGGAGUGGAUUUCAAUACAUUUUGGAAGAUGCAAGAUUACCUUGAUGUUAUGAUAUAUAUUCCAAUUGUAUUCAUGUUGAAUGCUUAUGGAGUAGAGGCCGCAAGAGAGACCAUCAUCAGGGAGAUAAAGCAUGUAUUCGAUUCUUAUGGGAUAUCUGUCAAUAAACAGCAUUUGUCACUUGUUGCUGAUUUUAUGACCCAUACUGGUGAGUACCGUCCCAAUGAACCGAAUUGGGGCAUGUCAGAGUCAAUAUCACCUUUAAGUAAAAUGUCUUAUGAGACAGCGUCCCAAUUCAUCGUUGAAACAGCAAUGCAUGGGGAGGUCGAUGUCAUCUUUAAGUAAAAUGUCUUUCUGCUAGGGCGUGUCUUGGAUUGCCUGUGAAAAUGGGUACUGGAUCCGAACUCCAUAUGGGGAAGGAACGUUGUUUUGAUUUGAUGCAUAAACUGGAAAUUUGAUCUCCACUGUAAAUUUUUUAAUAUUUUUAACUUCAAAACCUUACUGAAGUGUGGCACUGAGGUGUUGUAUAAUUAGAUGAAUGCUGCUAGUUUAUCGGUGUGCCUUUUUUUA